GUAUUAUUAAAACAUACCACAGCGAAAACCAGUCCCAGUCGGCCACUGUACAUUGCGCGUGCGUCAUGUGUAAAUUACGAAUACUGUUGUUUUGCUGUUUAAUCGUGUUUUCUAUUGCAAAACUCUGCAAAGUCCCAAAUAGCGGUGCAGGUGAAUGCAAAGCCAUAUCAAAAUGUCCAAUUCUGAACGAACUGGACAACAAACCAUACAAAAGCGAAGCGGAGGAACUGUUCUUGCAACAGUCGAUGUGCGGGAAUUCAUUGACUUAUAUUAUUAAGGUGUGCUGUCCAUUAGAUACAACAUCUUUCAGGAUUAAUCCCGUCAUAUAUACAGUAACAAAGGAAACUACACCAAAUCCAGAACCGAAACCAGAACCGAAACCAAUUGUUCUUUCUAGACCAGAGACGAAUCCAACUGUUAAUAUCGAUGAUAAAAUCAACAAUCCCAACGAUAAAAAAAACAAUGAGAUUAUUUCCCUAGCUCCAGACGGCACAUGCGGAAUUGACUCUAGUAGCGGCAAUAGAAUUUUUGGAGGUGUAGCGACCAACAUCGAUCAGUAUCCCUGGUUAGCUCUACUACAAUACGCCAGAGAAUUCCUUCUCUGCAGCGGCAGUUUAAUUACUCCAACAUUAAUUUUGACAGCUGCACAUUGCAUUAACGGGCCAAACAGAGCACCACUUUUCGCCCGUCUAGCAGAAUACAACAUUACCUCGUUCCCAACAGACACCGUAGAAACUGAUGGCGGUGGUUUUGACUCUUCAACUGUUGUUAUCAUUCCAGUUGAGAAUACACUCUCGCAUCCAGACCACAAUUUUAGCAAAAGGCUGCAUGACAUAGGCUUUGUUAAGCUAAAGAAGGCCGCCGUAUUUUCAGAUUUUAUAAAAAUAAUCUGUCUGCCUACAGUCGACUUUUUCCCAGAGUUUAAUAAAAAGACAAAUUUUACUGUGGCUGGGUGGGGAUUGGACGAGUCUGGAGACUCAAGUGACGUUAAGAAACAUGUCAAACUUCCGUUUGUAAGAGACGACUACUGCAAGGAACGCUAUUCGGACCUACCACUUUUAAAUGUUAUAUGUGCGGGUGGCGAAGCUGGCAAAGACUCUUGUAAUGGCGACUCGGGUGGUCCGUUGAUGUACGAAGUUAGUUCGUCAAAUUAUGCUGUCAUUGGCGUACUGAGUUUCGGUUACCGUGAAUGUGGAAUUGCUGGCUGGCCUAGCGUUUACACUAACGUCUUUCAAUAUAUGAAGUGGAUUAGGGAUGUUACUGAGGGUAGGGUUAAAAUCUAAUGUUUCAUUGGAUAUUAUAAUUUUGAAUUCAAAAUGUAUGGUAAACGUUUACCACCUAUUAUUAACUAAGACAGCAAAAAAUUAUUUAAAGGAAAAUAUUUAUGACGCUAACUUUAAUACACACAGAUUUAGUUAAUUAAUUUAGUUAAAUAAUCAAAAGUUUGGUUAAAUAGACAAUACUCUAAGAUCGAAUCUCAAUUAGUAUUAAGCUGUUUUGUAAAGUUUACACAUAUAAUAUAUUAUGGUGUUCGAAACAAUUUAUCAUUUCUCUUUUACUCUGACAUUUAUUCUUGCCAUCCGCCUCCUUAUAUAAAGAACUCGUGAGCCCUCUUGAAUUGAAUGUAAGAAAACAUAAAUGACUCACCUCAUAAGGCGAGCCAGUACAAGUUACAAUAAGUGUUAUGUCUAUGUCUACAAAUAAAUUGUUACCGUGAACUACGACAAAGAUUAACUGUAUUAAUCUAAAGUUCAUUUCAAAUUAUUGACAUAAUAAAAUUUGCUACAGAAACGAUCCAUCAUAGAUUGCCUGACUUGCCAACAAGAACAACAAGUGUUCAAAUCUCCUUAGUCUGAAGCUUCGAGUGGCCAGAGCCCAUGAGUUUUUGUUCCUCACAAUCCCAAGGCAGCCUUGUCAGGGCUACCACUAUUGAGAACUACAUCGCACUAGCAUAAUGAAAAUCAGGAUUGGUAUCAUUAUCGCUAUUGAAAAGCUACUAGGAUUUACUCAAUAAACCUUAAUUAUUUUUAAGUCUGUUUUUAUAGGAACGUAUUGUUUUUAGAAAAACUUUGUAUUUAUUCUAUAUUUGUAUGCAUAAGUGUAGUUAUUAAAGAUUUCUUGGAUUAA